UCACAUACUUGAAAUUAAUAAUAUGAAAUUGAAUUAAUUCUCAAAUUGAAGAAGAAGAAAGCAGAGAGAUCGAGAAAAGUUAGAGGUGAAGGGAGAGACCCAAUGCGAAUGCAAAACCCCAGAAAAUCAUCUUGAUUUUGAGGCCAACCGCAAUGCCGAGGCAUUUCUCCCUCCUCCGUCGCCGCCACCACCACUAUUUCUUCUCUUUCCUCCUCCUUCUCUCAAACGCAGCCCUUUGUCCCAUCUCCGCCGCCAAAACCGAGGUCGCCCUCCUCUAUUCAUGGCUCCACUCUUCUUCCUCCUCUUUUCCCGCCUUCUCGACCUGGAACCCUCGCGAUUCCGACCCCUGCAACUGGUCAUUCAUCUCAUGCUCCUCCGCCAAAUUUGUGACGGAGAUUAACAUCCAGUCUCUCCACCUCGCAUUGCCCUUUCCCUCCAAUCUCUCCUCUCUCACAUUUCUCCGAACCCUCACCAUCUCCGCAGCGAAUCUCACCGGAGAAAUCCCGCCCGAUAUCGGCGACUGCGUUUCUCUCAGAGCAAUCGAUGUUAGCUCCAACAGCCUCACCGGAGCCAUUCCGGCAACAAUCGGCAAGUUAAAAAACUUGGAGGAUUUGAUUCUCAACUCUAAUCAGCUCACGGGGAAGAUUCCUCCCGAGAUUGGCAGCUGCGCUAGUUUGAAAAAUCUCCUAUUGUUCGAUAACAGGCUGAGCGGGAGCAUCCCCUUCGAGAUCGGGAAGCUAUUCGGUUUAGAAAUCCUGCGCGCCGGCGGCAAUCAGGAUAUAGAUGGAAGAUUACCUGAUGAGAUUUCUAACUGUGAGAAUUUGGAGGUGUUAGGGUUGGCAGAGACGAAGAUCUCCGGUGAAAUUCCAGCCUCUUUCGGUAAAUUGGGGAAACUUCAGGUGCUGUCGCUUUACACGACUAUGCUCUCCGGCGAGAUUCCGGCGGAGAUAGGGAACUGCUCGGAGCUCGUCGAAUUGUAUCUUUACGAGAAUAGCCUCUCCGGCGCGCUGCCGCGCGAGCUCGGGAAGCUUCAGAAACUGGAGAAAUUGCUUCUAUGGCAGAACAAUUUCGUCGGCUCCAUUCCUCAAGAGCUCGGAAACUGCAGAAGCUUAGUCGUGAUUGACGUUUCGUUGAACUCAUUGACAGGAAUUAUUCCUCAAUCGUUGGGGAAUCUCACCAAUCUCGAAGAACUGAUGCUCAGCAGCAACAACGUCUCCGGCUCAAUCCCCGCCGUCCUCUCCAAGGCGUCAAGCCUUAUUCAAUUUCAGGUGGACAGCAAUCAGAUUUCCGGCUCCAUUCCCCGGGAAUUUGGAUCGCUGAGCCAGCUUCAGGUCUUCUUCGCAUGGGACAACAAGCUCGAAGGCAGCAUUCCGGCGGCAUUAGGCGGCUGCAGCAGCCUCCAGGCGCUGGAUUUGUCGCGUAAUUCACUCACCGGAAUCAUGCCCCCGAGCAUUUUCAAGCUCUCGAAUCUCACCAAGCUUCUAUUGAUUUACAACGAUUUAUCCGGUGCUAUUCCGCCAGAGAUAGGCGAAUGCAGGUCUCUUAUCCGGUUGCGAUUGGCUGGGAACAAGAUCAAUGGAAGAAUUCCGGUAACAAUCGGAUUGCUAAGCAAUCUGAUGUUUCUAGAUAUCUCCAGCAACCGUCUCAGUGGUCCUGUUCCGGAUGAGAUCGGCAACUGCAACCAGCUUCAGAUGCUCAACCUCGCCGGAAACUCGCUCACUGGAAACCUGCCUAGUUCGAUUUCAUAUCUCAGUAAGCUGGAGGAAUUGGACGUUUCGAUGAAUCAACUUGCUGGCUCAAUCCCUAGCAGUUUCGGUGAACUUUUCUCUCUGAGUAGGCUUUUGCUCAGCAGCAAUCUAUUGUCAGGCGAAAUCCCGGCCACACUCGGUCGCUGCUCGCGGCUUCAGUUGCUCGACCUGAGCCAGAAUCAGCUGUUUGGGAGCAUUCCGGUGCAGAUAUUUCAGAUAGAGGCUCUUGAAAUCGCUCUGAAUUUAAGUUGGAACGCCCUAACAGGGCAAGUUCCGCCUCAGAUUGUGGCUUUGAGCAAGCUCUCUGUUUUGGACCUCUCGCACAACCACCUCAACGGAGAACUCACGCCUCUCUCCGGCCUCGUGAACCUCGUCUCCUUGAACAUAUCCUACAACAACUUCACCGGCUACCUUCCUGAUAACAAGCUUUUCAGGCAGUUAUCGAGCACUGAGCUGGCCGGGAACCAGGGCUUAUGUGGUCGGGGGCAUGACUCGUGCUUCCUUAGAGACCGUGCACAAAUGCCUCGUUCGGGGUGGCCCUGGAGGCUGAAACUGGCAAUCGCGCUGCUCGCUGCGGUGACUGUCGCCUUGGGCGUGGUCGGGGCAAUGGCGGUUAUGAGGGUUAGGAGGAUGAAUAAAGAAGAGAGGGAUGCUGAAUCCGGAGGUGGUGGUGGUGCAUUUUCUUGGAAGUUCACUCCAUUUCAGAAGCUGAAUUUCACAAUCGAACAAGUGGUGGACUGCCUGGUGGAGUCGAACGCGGUCGGGAAGGGAUGCUCGGGGAUCGUGUACCGAGCAGAGCUGGACAAUGGGGAGGUGAUCGCGGUGAAGAAGCUGUGGCCGACGACAACGGUGGGGGGUGGGGUGCGGGACUCGUUCUCGGCCGAGGUGAGCACGCUGGGGUCAAUACGACACAAGAACAUCGUCAAGUUCUUGGGGUGCUGCUGGAACGACAACACGCGGCUACUCAUGUACGACUACAUGCCGAACGGAAGCCUCGGGAGUUUCCUACAUGAGAGGAGGAAUGGAGGGUGCCUGGAGUGGGACGUCAGGUACGGAGUCAUAGUUGGCGCUGCUCAGGGCUUGGCUUAUCUGCACCACGACUGCACCCCUCCUAUCGUGCAUCGCGACAUCAAGGCUAAUAAUAUCUUGAUCGGCCUCCAUUUCGAGCCCUACAUUGCCGAUUUUGGACUGGCCAAGCUCGUCCAUGAUCGAGAUUUCACGCGAUCUUCCAACACGGUCGCUGGCUCCUAUGGUUAUAUAGCGCCUGAGUAUGGGUACUCAAUGAAGAUCACAGAGAAGAGCGAUGUGUACAGCUUUGGAGUUGUGAUGCUCGAAGUAUUAACGGGCAAGCAGCCGAUAGACCCUACCAUACCGGAAGGGCUUCACAUUGUGGAUUGGAUGCGGCGCAAAAGAAAGGAAGGAGCCGACGUGCUGGACCCGAGCUUAAGGCACACGACGGAGGUGGAGAUUCAAGAGAUGAUGCAGACUGUUGGAGUUGCUAUGCUGUGUGUGCAUCCUUCACCGGAGGACCGGCCGACAAUGAGGGACGUGGCAGCAAUGCUGAAGGAGAUUAGGCAAGAGAGGGAGGAGAUUAGCAAAGGGUCAGAGAUGCAGGAAAAGGGGAGCUGCAACGGAGAGCCAUCAUCAGCAAUGCAGGGAUUGUGUUUGAAGACUACUACUAACACUUCAUCUUCGUUGCUGCAAUCCAAUUCCUCUAUUGCCAAAUUUGGCCUUGCUAAGGAAUAAAUUUUGUUUCUUUA